CAACUUUGAGAAAGCAAAGGCCAUGAUAAGUUUAAUAGAAAAAUAGGGCCCACUAACUUUAUCAACAUAAAUCUUCAAAAUAACAAAGUUCCAGUGGUAUUACUCUUCGCAAAGCCGAGACACGUAGAAGGAGAAGGAGCGCAGGCUACUACUGGAUGGGGCUUCUGGUCGGGACCCGUACAAAGAAGAUGGUCGGAUUUUUGGGCGAAGGUGGGUGGUAAGUGGUAACGGAUGCCGACAGAAAACACCGGUGGUGGAUGCUUGCGGUGGUUUUCGACAGAAGGUGAGGGACGAUGGUGGGUCUCGGUUGUUCGAACGGAAAAAUUAAGAACUUAUUAAUUUAAUUUGAAUUGAAGGUGAAAGAAUGGGCAGAAAGAUUACUAGAUCUAGAAAACGUGGGAAAUUGAAUUUACAUUUCGAAGAAGAAGGUAAUAGUGUAGUUGAUAGCAGUUCGAGAAGUGAGCAAGAUGACAGUGAAGAUGAGGAUUUUAAGGCUGAUGGCUAUGAAGACUUAGAUGAUGAUGAUGAGGAGGUUGUACAGUCGGAUGUUGGUAGAAGUGUGAAACAGAAGCGGGGGCGAUCUAAGGGAAAGGCAACCAAAGAACCGAUGACAACCGAAAAGAGAGGUCUCGUGGAGAAAGUCACUCUACACACACGAGUAUCAAGGACAAUAGUUUGACAAAGGGCGGUGAAGUCAAGGAAGCCCGGGAGGUGUUGAAAGUCCUAAAUUGUGAAUUUAAAGGCCGGGUAUGAAUUCCCAUUCAUUAUAAGUGUUAUGUUAUUAAUCGGUAAAUGUAUAUUGUUUGUUGUGAAAUUGGCAUUAUUUGUGUGAAGUAGGAAUGUUGUGAAUUUGGGUGUUAUUUGUUGAAUGUAUGUGAGAGACAUAGAGUGGUUUUAGAAUUCGAUGAAUGUAUUAUCGAAUAGUUAAUAUAUGGUUUACGUAGUUUGGUACCUUUGUAGUUAUAAGUAAUGUAGUGCCUUCAUAGUUAAUAAUUGAGUAAUGGAGAAGAGGAUUGAAUGUCUGUUGAAGUAAUAGUUGAAGGAAAUAAUGCCCUUGGUCCAAGUAUGUAUUCAAUGUUAAAUCUAAUAAAUGCGGUUCAGUAUUAAUUAACAAGUUAAUAAUUCAGUGAGAUCAAGUGAGCUGAAUGCCUAGCUAGAGGCCGCUUCAGUUCAAGUGGAAUUAAUGAUAUUAAUCCACAGCUUACUCUUGACUGAA